GCCGCGGGCUGGAGAUUCAGUGGCUUCCUUGUUGUGGUCCCCGGCCUGGCAGCGUCCGGAGUAGUAGUCCCGCUGUCCUUCCCAGGACCGCUAGCCCGAGUCUAGAUGUUGAAACAUUUGUAGCAGACAUACUAAGAGGGGAAAAUUUAUCCAAGAAAGCAAAGGAAAAGAGAGAAUCCCUUAUUAAGAAGAUAAAAGAUGUAAAGUCUAUCUAUCUUCAGGAGUUUCAAGACAAAGGUGAUGCAGAAGAUGGCGAUGACUAUGAUGACCCUUUUGCUGGGCCUCCAGACACUAUUUCCUUAGCUUCAGAGCGAUAUGAUAAAGAUGAUGACACCCCCUCUGACGGAACUCAGUUUCCUCCAAUUGCAGCACAAGACCUUCCUUUCGUUCUAAAGGCUGGCUACCUUGAAAAACGCAGAAAAGAUCACAGCUUUCUGGGAUUCGAAUGGCAGAAACGGUGGUGUGCUCUCAGUAAAACAGUGUUCUAUUAUUAUGGGAGUGAUAAAGACAAACAACAGAAAGGUGAAUUUGCAAUAGAUGGCUACAGUGUCAGAAUGAAUAACACCCUUAGGAAGGAUGGAAAGAAAGAUUGCUGUUUUGAAAUCUCUGCCCCUGAUAAACGUGUCUAUCAGUUUACAGCAGCUUCUCCCAAAGAUGCCGAGGAAUGGGUCCAGCAGCUGAAAUUUGUCUUACAAGAUAUGGAAUCUGAUGCUAUUCCUGAGGACGAUGAUGAAAGAGGAGACUUAUAUGAUGAUGUUGAUCAUCCUCUGCCAAUCAGCAGUCCACCAACAAGCAGUCAGCCAAUCGAUGAUGAAAUUUAUGAAGAACUUCCAGAAGAGGAAGAGGAUAAUGCUCCAGUGAAAAUGAAAGAACAAAGGAAGAUGAGUCAGGACAGUGUUCAUCACACCUCAGGAGAUAAAAGCACUGAUUAUGCUAAUUUUUACCAGGGUCUGUGGGACUGUACAGGAGCUUUUUCUGAUGAGUUGUCAUUUAAGCGUGGUGAUGUAAUUUACAUUCUCAGCAAGGAAUACAAUAGAUAUGGCUGGUGGGUAGGCGAAAUGAAGGGAGCCAUUGGCUUGGUGCCUAAAGCCUACAUAAUGGAGAUGUAUGAUAUUUGAGAGUCCUGGUAGGAAAAAAAAAGUCAACAUUUCAACUGAAGAAAAAAUUAAAAUACAACUUUUCUGCCUGCAGAAGAGGAAGAUUCUUCUGCUUGUCUGCAAAAGCUCUGCAUUUAUUACAGAAGCAUCGUGAAAGCACAAGUGACAGCUCAUAACCUUUCUUUGUUUUGUUGAAUAUCGCUUGUCUUUGUUAUUUUGUGCAGGCAUUCAUUAAAAUAUUCCUCUGAUGUAAAUUAAAUGAAGGAUAUUGAUGUAAAUUAGAUGUAAGCAGUAAAGUUAUACCUGUUGCUAUUUUGCAAAAAAAAAAAAUUAUAGUUUUUAUUUACCCACUUGAUUUGCAUGAAGCAUUUACCUCUUUUCUAUGCGUAUCAUAUAGUCACAGCUACUUCGGUGUAAAUUGUAAUUUCUCUUAGUCAUUGGUCAUUAAUUGUUUUUUAGAAAGUAAUAUAUACUUUUAUGGAAUUUUUUAACAGAAUAUAUCAUGCACGUUUCUGGUAGGUACUAAAGAAUGUGGUUUUGUUAAAGCUUUGGAGAUGAUUUGUCAUGACAUUGAUUCUUUUACACAGCAGUAACAAGUUUUCAUGAAAGAGUUUUAUAGAUUGGAAGAAUUUACUUCCCGUUAAGUGUAGCUACCAGAAAAGGGGAAAAAUGACAGACUCGUAAACAGCAGUGGUGUGACCUGCCAGACAUGUGUGAACUAGCGCUGUGGUUCGUGCAAAGCACCUUCCGGAAACAGAUGACCUGGUUUUGAUGAUGGACGUGGCAGCAUUUUCUGCCAUCGUUUUGUUUAAAUUUAUGGAAUUAAAAAAAUUCUUAAGAAACUCUAUUUUAUUUCUAAUAUAAUGGUGUGAAGAAUCUCAAGGUACUACUCUCAAGGUAAGGAGACAUAACCAGGCGUUGUCUUAUCCUGCUGUAGUAUCACGAUGCUGUGGCAUCUGCAGAGUCACUAGGUUCCCUCUGAACUUCCCAAAGCACUGCUAAGGAGGGAGAGGAGAGUCGAAUUCAUGACAGUAACAUGUAUCAACAGGUGUGCGGAAGGGUAGCGUCAGCCUGAACUGGAUUCGUGGAAUCUUAUCAUUACCUUUUCACGUGUAUUUGAAAUCCAGUAUUUUAACUGCCUGAGAGCUAUAGCCUUAAUAUAUAUCACAAUGUAUUGCCGAUUGGAUAAUUACGUGGAAUAGCCAUAAUCUCCCAAUAGCGAAUGAUUGCCCAGCAGACACCAUCUUUGUUGAACUUUUUAGAUUUUUGCGUUAUAAAGAUUCUAACUAUGCCAGUGAGCCGAUGACAUUGAAAAGCCUUCCUUAUUAAAAAGCAAAACUAUUUACAAGCAGUAUUUCAGAGUAUCUGCCAUUAUUCCCUCAAUACCAUGAUCAUCCCAUUUUAAAUGUAAAAACAAAACAAAAAACUCUUCAUUUUAGGGAUUGCGAGUAAGCCCCAUUUAUAUAGACAGACAUCAUCAAGUUAGUGUUUUCAGAAAUUACCUUUGUGCAAUCCUUAACCUUUUGCUAAUAGAGUGUCAUUACAGUAGAUUGGAAUCAUCUUGGCAGAAGUUAGACAACCAGAGUUGAAUUUAGUAGGCCGGUUUUCAAAGCCUGAGUGGUUGUAAAGCAGAAGCAGUUGUUUCCACUGACAAAGUGGCCUUGCUUGUGGAUCCAGGUUCCCUGCUUGGGUGGCAGCUCAAGUGCAGUUCCUGGCACAGGGCCGGUAGAUGGCAGCAGCUUUUCGUCGCAUUUGAAACCACUUGGAAACCCCUCCCCCACCCAGACACAGACUUGCCCAGAACGUAAAGCUUGUAGGCGAUUCCUGCCUCGUUUUCCGGUUGAUCCAGGAGAGGGAGUCCUUUGCCAACUGAUGACCAACACUUCCACGCCAGAUAGUCUCUCUGUGAGCAGCGACAAUACAGAAAUUAAGGUGCUACUUCUGUCCAGAGCCACUCUAGCCUUUGUUCUUCUCUAACCUGAAUAUAGGUAGGGGCUAUAAGAAGAAAAGGAAAGGUUUAAAAUGACAGUGGUAGGAAAAAGAAUCAUUACUUCGGAUUCAUGACUACUUUCUAUUCAUUCGAUGAAAUCAUUUGUGUACUACCAGGGAGAAAGUUUUCUUUACACCCUUGACAAUAGAUCACAUACUCUUCAAGAUCAUAAUAAUAUCAUUAAUGUGAAUUUAAACAACAUGGCUUGUUAGAAAAUAUGCUAAUUGCUAUGUUCUCAUUAAGUUUGCUUAGCUUUUAUUUGUUUUUCUAUGAACAGUUAGAGAGCUCAUUUUUUUCAAAGGUGAUUGUAAGUCAUAUUUUAUAUAGCAUUUUGCUUGAUUAUUUGCUCUGUACUGAAUUUGUACUCUAUUGCCAUUAGAUCUUACAAUAAUGUUCCACUCUGCAAAUUUUUAAGGUUCAAAUAAAGUUUAAUUGUUUGCAAA